UUCUGUUCCCCUCACACCGCUCCCGAAGCUCUUGGAGAGAGGACGGAUAAACGGCUCUGACGGGAACGGAUUUUGAUACCCGAAGGAGGGAGGGAUGCUCCGGUGAUUUCCCUCUUUCCCCACCAGCUCCACCAGCUCUCUCACCACCAUCCCCUCUCCUCUUCGUCACUUCAAUCUCGGAAUCGAGACGCGCUGCUGUCAUUUAUUUUUUCAUCAUCUUUGAGCCCUGCUUCUUUUUUUUCUUCUUCUUCUUCUGCUUCUUUUUUUUGCCCCUGCGCUCCAGAAAGAACAUUUGGGGUUUGGUUUUUCUUCGUGGUGCCCUCGUCUUCUCCAAGCAACCAGAAACACAGCUGGGUUUCCAUCGGUGGAUGGUGGACAUCCGAUGACAGAAGCCGUACUUGUUGAGAGAAGUGACCGUUUUCGGCUGGCUUGCAUGUAUCGGGGGGAUUUCCUUGGAGAGGCGGAGUGCGCGCGGAGUGUCUCACUUCCAAGGCUGGUCUGUGUCGGCGUGCAGAGGAGAAAACCUCAACGUACCCGACGCCAGUAAUGAGCUAAAGGCCCUGUGAUCAGAGGAGUGUGGGAGUCAACCAACUGUGAAAAGAAAAAAGGCAAUAACGGGAAAAGUUGGUGAUGAGCAUCCGCAAUCGACAGGCCCCUCCUCGGCUGAUGAACUAGCGAAGUUCGUCAACAACAUUUCGGUAGCAGAAACCAGUUAUCGCAUCAGUGGGAGCAGAGCUCCACUGGGAGGAACCACACAGCAGGGGGCGGAGUGAAGCGCACGGUUGCUCGGGCAACAUGGCGAUGAAACGGCACGGCCUCGGGCCGCUACGGGCCUUCCUGGUGUUGGUGGGGAUUUCGGCGCUUUGUGGCGUCGCACUGGGGACCCGGAGAGGAAGCGAGUCCUUGGAUCAGAGGGUCCACAGACACAGGCACCCAGGUCACUUGUCGCUGCACAGACACAGACAGAGGACUGGCAAGGAGGGGCAGGUUCUCCACAGGUCCAAACGAGGGUGGGUCUGGAAUCAGUUCUUCGUCAUUGAGGAGUACACUGGGCCUGACCCAGUUCUGGUGGGCAGGCUCCACUCGGACGUCGACUCGGGCGUCGGCAACAUCAAGUACAUCCUGUCCGGCGAAGGUGCGGGAACGAUCUUUGUCAUUGACGACAAAACGGGCAACAUCCACGCCACAAAGACCCUGGACCGCGAGGAGCAGGCCCAGUACACGUUGACGGCCCAGGCCGUGGACAGAGACACCAACAAGCCUCUGGAGCCUCCGUCAGAGUUCAUAGUGAAAGUUCAAGACAUCAACGACAAUCCCCCAGAGUUUCUACACGGGCCCUACUAUGCCAGGGUGCCUGAGAUGUCCAAUGUUGGUACGUCGGUGGUGCAGGUGACCGCUACAGAUGCCGAUGACCCCACCUAUGGAAACAGCGCCAGGCUGGUGUACAGCAUCCUGCAGGGGCAGCCGUACUUCUCCGUGGAGUCCCAGACAGGUAUCAUCCGCACUGCCCUGCCCAACAUGGACCGGGAAGCGCGCCAGGAGUACGACGUGGUCAUCCAGGCCAAAGACAUGGGCGGUCACAUGGGGGGGCUGUCAGGAACCACCCAGGUCAAAAUCACCCUCACGGACGUCAACGAUAACCCGCCAAAGUUCCCGCAGAGUGUGUAUUCCAUGUCCGUAUCAGAGGAUAAGGUGCCCGGAGAGGAGGUGGGCCGCCUUAAGGCCAAAGACCCCGACCUUGGAGACAACGGGAUGGUGUCCUACCGCCUAAUAGACGGAGACGGACUGAGCAUGUUUGAGCUGAGCACCGACUCAGAGACCAGAGAGGCUGUUAUCAAACUGAAGAAGCAUGUGGACUUUGAGACUAAAAGGUCGUACACUUUGAAGGUGGAGGGAUCCAACCCGUAUAUUGACCCCCAAUACAUUGCAUGGGGUCCGUAUAAGGACGAAGCAACAAUAAAGAUAUCAGUGGAGGAUGCAGAUGAGCCUCCCGUGUUCGUAGCCGCCAGCUACACGUUUGAGGUGGAGGAGAACGCACCUGAAGGAACGGCGGUGGGACGAGUCCACGCCAAGGACACGGAUGUGGCCAACAAUCCCGUCAGGUACAUGAUCCCUCUGUACACCGACAUAGAGCAGUUCUUCAGAGUGAACCCGGAAGACGGCAUGAUCACCACCACCAGGCCGCUGGACAGAGAGGCACAGAACUGGCACAACAUCUCUGUGUCGGCCACAGAGAUAGGAGGCCACCACCAAGACACCAAAGUGCGCGUUGACAUCAGAGUGAAAGACGUGAAUGACAACCCUCCGGAGUUCGCCACCAACAACGAAGUCCUCAUGUGUGAAACGGUGAUGCCGGGGAGGGUUAUUGAAACCGUCAGCGCGGUGGACAAGGACGAGAUGGCUCACCGGCAACACUUCACCUUCAGCCUGGCCCCGGAGGUCGCACACAACCACAACUUCUCCCUCAAAGACAACAGAGACAGCACGGCCAGCGUCUACGUGCUGCGGAAAGGAUUCAGCCGCCUGACCCAGGACGUUUACUUCCUCCCCAUCAAGAUAAACGACAACGGCGUCCCGGCCAUGACCAGCACCAACACGCUGACCAUCCGGGUGUGUUCCUGUGACAGCAGAGACACCAUCCUCUCCUGCAACGUGGAGCCCUACGUGCUGCCCCCCGGCCUCAGCACCGGGGCGCUGAUAGCCAUCCUGGCGUGCAUCGUCAUUCUGCUCGCGAUCGUGGUGUUGUUUGUUGCGCUGAGGCGUCAGAAGAAGGAGCCCCUCAUUGUGUUUGAGGAGGAGGACAUCAGGGAGAACAUCAUCACGUACGAUGACGAAGGAGGCGGGGAGGAGGACACGGAGGCCUUCGACAUCGCCACGCUUCAGAACCCAGAUGGCGCCAACGGCUUCCUGCCAAGAAAGGACAUCAAACCGGAGCUGCAGUUUUCCAUCAGGCCCGGCCCCGCCGCGGCCAACAGCGUCGACGUGGACGACUUCAUCAAGACUCGGAUCGCCGAGGCCGACGGCGACCCGACGGCCCCCCCUUACGACUCCAUUCAGAUCUACGGAUACGAAGGGCGGGGCUCGUUGGCCGGGUCGCUGAGUUCCCUCGAGUCCGUCACAACGGAGUCCGACUUGGAUUAUGACUAUCUGCAGAGCUGGGGGCCGAGGUUUAAGAAGCUGGCGGAUCUGUACGGGACCAAAGACUGCUUCAUGAACGAUGGCGAUGACGAAGACGACUCUUAACAGUGGUCUUACAGAGUGGACGCCAAGCCCCCGCCCCGCCAAUUUCUGAUUUAUUGAUUCCAUGAGCUACCCGAAUGUUACAAGCUACCCCCCCCCCUCCACCCCCCGCCAGCGAGUCGACGGACGUAAACAGCUCCUCCCUGCUCGUCCAGGACGAUUUGCUGAUGAACACAUCGCCAACUCUUGGACUCUGCUUCCAGUUCCUUCCCCCCAAAUGUCUCGCUCCCCACCUGCCCCACGUCUCCCUUUCUCUUUCUACGGACCUGAGUGUUGGAGGCCUGAGAGAUCCAUUACGUCACCAGUUUGAAAGUAUUGUUGGAAACAAAAACGUUGCUUUUGUGAUCCAAAUGACUUGCUUAGAGCUAAGUGUUUAGUUUUUCGGAGUUCUAUGUACUUUUGUGGACUGGAUUCACGUACUUCCUCAAUGGCUCCUGGGAGGGAUUGAAUUCCCUGAACAGGUUCCUACGUGUGGGGUGGGGGGAAGGUGGGGGGGCAGUAUUCCUCUAGGCUGCCCUUUUUGUGGUGUAUGUAAGAGACAAAGCAGGAGAUACAAGCUAAUUAAAAGAAGAGGUUAGUGUGGGAUCCAUCAACGGAAUAAGAAGGUAAUGAAGAAGAACAUACGCCCUAAAUGCGUUUUCAAAUGCCGUUGUUGUGUGUGCAGAAUUCGACAGGUACUGUGGUUCAGAAAGCGUGACAGACUCUGGAUUGUUGAUACUUUGAAGACGCUCACAGCAUCUUCACAGUAUGGUGGCCUUAUAAUAAAAAAACAACAACUCCAGGGGUGAUCAUUACAAAAGGAUAGAGACCGCUAGCUUCAGUAGCUACAUGCACACAGGACAGAGCAUCUGUGACAAAGACACACUAUUUUUGUUUAACCCCGACGGAUUGAACAUUGAUUCAAUGGAGAAAAGAAGAAAAAAACACUGUGGAUGACUCUUUGUUUUCAUUCUUCAGAGAAUGAUGUGAGGAGAAAAUCUGCCCUCCACUGGCCCCCGCACCCCCACGGUCAACAAUCACCGCCCAUACCGCGUCCACCAAUGAAUGAUCACUUCCUCACCCAGAGUCCACCAAUGAAGAUCAAUCACAACGAGAAGAAAAAUAAAAAAUAACCUGUGAGCUCUAAAAAAAAAUCGCCUUAAACUUAACGGACACUCUUGCAACGCAGUGCAUUCUCUUUUUUUUUAGUAAAAGUAUAUUCAGAAAGCCAACCAUGGUCCGUGUUAGGUAUGUACAGAGCGAUGUGCGGAUGUGUGGCGUAUCACUUUCAGGGUCCAACUUGCACCCUGGAAACAGGAGGUGCGGCUCGUGGCCGCCACGGUGCACGUAAGUCGGCUGAAAUGUGCGCUGUGUUCUCCACCCCCCCUCCGACCCCCCCUCCGACCCCCCAGCACCGGGCUAUGUGGGCAGUGGCGCCUGUUGUAUCAACACGCGCUGUUGUUUGAGCAUAGAACGUGCACACCGGA